GUUACCUGUGCAAGUGUGUAAUUUGAAACCUCUAUGGUGUAACGUUGUACCUGGAAGUUCAGAUGUCAGAGCUGGGAAUAGGUGUCAAGAUGGAAGGAGCCGUUGUCAAACUCGAGUGACGUCUUAAUUAAUUUUGGGGGUUGUCAUCAGAACGCUGACUGUCUUUUUUUGGUAUAGUCAGAAAAACACCUUUUAUUGUCCGGAUUUUACAAAGAAUAUAAAACCCUUGGAAAUUAUGUAUUAAAGAAGACCGCUGCUGCAUUGGAUUAUUUUUGCAUUGUUUAUUUUCUUCCACAUUCUAAACCUCUGCAGGAUUGACGAAAAGCUGAAGGAUGGCGAACACAACGCUGUAUGCAGGCAGGAAGAGAAGUCGGCCUGUAAGAGGUAAGCCGUUGCCUCUAGAUAGAGUGAAGAUGAACCCUUCAAAGAGACACAGGGACCGGCUAAACACUGAACUGGAGCGCCUGGCCUCGCUGCUGCCUUUCCCAGAGCACAUCACCAACAAACUGGACAAACUCUCCAUCAUGAGGCUUGCUGUCAGCUUCCUGCGAGCCAAGACCUUCUUUGGCAACUCUUUGCAGAAAAAAUACCAGGUUCCUGCCCUCACUCCACCGCUGACAGUCAACCAAGCAAGCAUAAAUAAACAGGAGGUGCCAUCCCCUGGUUUCAUGGUGCCAGAGGGAGACCUGCUGCUCCAGGCAUUGAAUGGUUUUGUGCUGGUCGUGACGGGAGAAGGGACUAUCUUCUACACCUCACACACCAUUCAGGACCACCUCGGCUUCCACCAGAGUGAUGUGAUCAAUCAGAGUGUCGAUGAGCUGAUCCACACGGAGGACAGAGAGGAGUUCAACAGGCAGCUGCACUGGGCACUCGACCCACCCAAGAAAGCAGGAGGAGAGGGGUACACCAGUGACCCAGCGAUGCUGUACCAGCCCGCCCAGCUGCCCCCAAAGAACUCGCCCUUCCUUGACAGGAGCUUUGUCUGCCGAAUGCGCUGCCUGCUUGACUCCAGCUCCGGUUUCUUGACCCUGCAAUGUCAUGGGAAGCUGAAGUUCCUCAACGGUAUGAACAGGAAGUCCCAGAGUGUGGACAAGGCCCCAUCCAAGCUGGCCCUCUUUGCCAUCGCAGUUCCAGUUCAGCCACCUGUCAUCAUGGAGAUCCGGACCAGGAGCCUGGCCUUCCGCAGCAAACACCAGCUGGACUUCUCUCCCAUUAGCAUUGAUGCAAAGGGGAAACUGCUCCUUGGCUGGACAGAGGCUGAGCUGAAGACUCAUUCUGGAUAUCAUUUCAUACACUUUGAGGACAUUUUGUACUGCGCUGAGAACCACAUGAAGAUGAUGAAGACAGGGGAUAGUGGGGUGACAGUUUUCCGUCUUCUCACAAAGAAGCAUACGUGGAUCUGGAUCACUUCUAUCGCCAGAGUGACUUAUAAAGAUGACAAACCCGACUGCAUCAUUGCGACUCAGCGGCCGCUGACAGAUGCUGAAGGAGAGGAGCACCUCCUGAAGAGAACCAAGCAUGACAAGUUCUUGCUGGACAAGCAGUCUGUGCUGUAUACCAGUAGCAAUCUCUUGAGCCUGCAGGCCAGCAGGUGUCACCAGCAUGUGGAGAUAGAGGGAUGUGCUGCAGAGAGGCACUACGACCCUAGCAGCAUCCUGGCAGCUUCUCUUCAUCAGGAUCAAGCUUCCUAUAUCUACCAUCCCCCCGAGGAGUCUGCACCCUUCCUGUCCCCUUCCACCACCCCCUCCUCUUCCCCAGGCCUGCAGACCGAGAAAGCAACCUGGCCAGAGCUCCCUGCAGACGUGAGCAUCUGGGAGAUGUUGUGGCGGUACGGGUUGAGUCAAGAGGACCUGGAGCUCAUCCAAAUGGAUGAGACUUUAGCUAGGAUGGGCGAGGAGGGGCUUUCUGGAGAGAUCCUCAAUGCUCUUGCUCAGGUCUCCCAUGGAUCAUCCUCAACCAGCUUGAGCUUCAUCCCCUCCCCUCCAUCCAGUUCCUCAGGAAGCAACAAUGAGACCAGAACCCUUUCUAGCUCCCCAGAUUCAUCCUGUCUCAGCUGGGAGUGGAUACAGGAAAGAUCUUCCACAGCCAGGAACAAAUCAGAAACCCUGUGGCCGUCUUUUACGCUUGCUAAUGGGCUUCCUGUUCCAGUGCCUGCUUCAGCUAUGACAAGUCGCAAACUCCAGGAGCACACAUGAGUAGCUUAUCGCCACCAUCUUCCACAUCAAACUCUGACCAUUCUGCCUUACUUACCAUGCUCCUAGCGCAAAUCCCAACACAACACAAAAUCCAGACCACUCUGUCUAGCCCUCAGCCAUCCAAUGGUUCAGGUGCACUUCCUUCAUGGAUUUGUCAAACAGUUGGCUUGAGAAGGCUCCAGCUCCUCCUUGCUAAAGCACAGCUGGCCUUUGACUCCCCCUGAGGAGCCCUGGAAUGUCAACGUGGCCCACCCCGGAGAGUUCCUACCACAUGGUGUCACAAAUGUCUUCCGCCCGAUUACAGCCAGAGCCUGCAUUGCACAGGACUCUCCUGCGCCAGUGUCCAGUGAAGUAAAAUAAAACAGACUAAAUAUAAACACAAACCUUUUUCUAGGUGUUUUCAGUCUUCCACUCCUCCUUCUCUCUAUGACUCUUGAUUGUUCAUGCCUUUGCUCCACUGUUCAUGAAUUAGCCCUUGUCUCAAAAGACAAAACUAUGAACUAUUACAUGAAAGGACCUUGAGAUUAUAAUAGACACAAUUUAAGUUUCCAGUUCUAGUCAUUACCUUACAAAAAAUACAUUGCACCUAAGAAGGAAGAAAAAGGUGAUUGCAGUGUUUUAUAAGGACAAGUUAGAGGGAAGUACUUUGAGGUAGGAAAUCCUGGCUUUGAAUCACAGCUCAGCUAUUGACUUGGAUUAUGACUGAGGAGAAAAAAUAAUUAUGGUUUUAGUGCAACAGUGCUUUAGAAACAGUACCCCACUGAUGGAGCAUCAAAGCUGGACUGUCUGAGGGAAGUGUGUGCCGUGGUCGGUGUGAUUUGCAGGUCAACAGUUUUGGCCAAGCCUCUUUCCCUAAAGACAACUCUCAGACUGGUUUGUUCCACAAGGGCAAGUAAAAUAAUCUAUAAUGUGGGGAUGAAUAAAUGAUAAGGCUGUAGACACAGAUCUAAAUUUGCUCUGUCUGGGGUUACCUUUAAAUGUUUUCAGUAGACUCUCAAAAAGUAAAUAAUUAACCCAUCCACAUACUGCUACAUAUGUACAGCGGGGAGUUGGCAGAAAAAACAUAUAUUUUCCAGUGCAGCACAUUUGUUUCACAGUAGAAGUGAUUUGAGGCAGAUUCACAGUAGGUGAUAUUGGUGGGAUAUCUGGCCCUUUAGGGUAAGCAGCCGUCUGUGCUCAGUUUUCAGAGGUAGUUUGUUUUGUGUGCUGGUAGUGUGGCCCACACUGCAGCUCUUACCCUGUUUAGAGCAUUGAUACACUAGCCAGGAAUUUUGUCUGUAUUUGCUGUCUCUCACUGUCGGCCUUGAACACAAGCAGUUUUACCCUAGACAAACUCAGCAUGCCUGUCCUAUGGAGUUUGUCUGGUAGUCUCUCUUGAGCUUUUUCAAUGCAGUCAUUCCCUGGCUCCCAUCUCUCUGCAUGUGCAAGUCAACACUAAAUAAUUAAUGACGUAUUGAUUUGAGUAAUAGGGAUGCUUCCAAAGAUUCUGUUUGCUCACCCUUUGUGUUUUCAAUGAGACAAACGCUUGAGGCUGGCAGAUGUUUAACAUUGCUAUCUAGAUGCUGAACUGUUUUGCAAACCGAAUGCAGUCACUAAGACUAGGUUAACCAUUCACUGAAGAGACCAGUCAUUUGUUGCUGCCUCUUAUUAUUAUUACUAUUUGUUUAUUUAGCAGACACCUUUAUCCAAGGCGACUUACAGAGACUAGGGUGUGUGAACUAUGCAUCAGCUGCAGAGUCACUUACAAUUACGUCUCACCCAAAAGACGGAGCACAAGGAGGUUAAGUGACUUGCUCAGGGUCACACAAUGAGUCAGUGGCUGAGGUGGGAUUUGAACCGGGGACCUCCUGGUUAUGAGCCCUUUUCUUUAACCACUGGACCACUGGACCACACAGCCUCCUUUUUCAUACUUUAUAUGUGUAUUGACAUUCACUUGUAUUGGUUUACUGACGGGUAAGAAAAAAUGACAGCUUGAAAGACUUUUUUUCUUGUUCCCUCCAAACAUACCAUGCCAGUUUUAGCUUGAAGUUCACUUUAUAUGUGUAUUUUUUAACUGAUUGGAAGGUUUCUCCAUACACCACGCAGGCUCCAGGUUAGCAGUGCCUCCUGCUGGAGGAGUUUAGAAAGUGCCUUAUUAUACAUAUGUUUAUUAAUAUCCUGUGCAACCAUUGUUCAGGUGAAAAUAUCAUUUUAAUACUUUAUACUGAUUAGUUUAAUUGUAUUUUGUAUUGUAAUGUUGGGGUAAAUAUAUAUAUAUAUAUAUAUAUAUAUAUAUAUAUAUAUAUAUAUAUUCUUGAAUGUAAGCUAUAACAUUUUUAUCUUUAAAAUAGUGUCAAGAUCCUGUCUUUCCAGUUAGAAGAAUAACUUAUGUAUUGUCUUUGUGUUAAACCUAUUUGAUUUGAAUUCUGUAUAAAAACUAUGUCUGCUUUAUUCUUAAAUUGUGGAUUAUUUCUUUCUAAAGGUAACAUGUAAACCCUUGUAAAUUCCUAAUAAACUGUUGUAUUUACUUUUGUGUUUUGGAAAGACAGGUUGAAUAUUAUAGCUGGUUUCAAUAGACCUUGUUAAGCACUAGUCAUAGACUGCUUUACCUAAAUUAACAUUGAGUUAUCCAAGUGCUAAUCUUGGUAUGUGAAACCAGCCAUUUGUGUUUGUAAAUCUGAGCACUACAAUAUAUAUUUUCCAAUAUUUUCCAUUUUAAACACGGGUGUAAAACCCCACUUGUCUUACA